AAAAAGUCCCCUUUAUAAACAUGUCAUAUGUUGAUUAUGAGAGUAUCAAUUACUCUAUUGUGUAAGUAUGACGAUUUCAAGCUCCAAAAUUAUGUCAUUAGUUUCUAUGUUACUAACUAUUCUUGUUGCUUUACAGUUUCAUGACACUCAAAGUGCUAUAUAUACUAAAGAUGUGCAUGUUCACGUUACCAGCAACAUAACCGAUCUUCAACUUGGUCUUCACUGUAAAGAUAAACAUCAUGAUCUUGGAUUUCAAUCACUACAUUUAGGAGAAACUUUCACCUUCUCUUUUAGGCCUAAGUUUUUGUUAGAGAACACCUUAUAUUUUUGUGGAUUUUCAUGGAUGAAUGAAUUUCACUACUUUGAUAUUUAUGUUGAAUCCAGAGAUACACAUAAAUGCAAAUACGACUGUAGUUGGAAAGUAUAUAAAUCAGGACCUUGUUUGGAAAAACCGAAUUAUGAAGAAUGCUUUCCUUGGAAUCCUAAUGUUAUGGAAGGGAGGCAACUUGAUCUAGAGAAUAAUACCCUUGGUGUGUAACUUUACCAAUAUAUUUUUCAUUGAAAUUUAUUUAGA